AUGUUCUCCAUCUUCGCCAUCCUCAUCGCUCUGUUCUCCUCUCCCAAAGCUUCUGCGAGCGGCUUGCCACAACUGCCAGCACGAACGCUCCAUGCAAAGGACGCCUUCGACAUCGCCGGUUGGACACCCAAACCCACCUCAGCCCCGAAACUCGAUCUCUUCCGCAGACAAGAUUCAGACCUGUCGCCUCUCUGCGGUUUCGUCAACGGAAACGUUUCACAAAUCCUCUCCUGCACCGCCCAAACCGAAUACUGCAACUUUGACGUCCCCUCUUCAGCGUUCGGCUGCUGCACCGGAAGCGAACUCACAGGCUGCGGAUACUUCACCUCUUGUCUCGACUCUACUGCCCCUUGCGAUGCGGCUUGUCAACGCAACACGGCGAUUCAGAGAUGUUCAGAGAGCCUGUUCCCGAGCUGCGUCAAGUAUACGUAUGAUAUCGCGGGAGCGAUAUUUAGCAAUUUCGGGUGUCAGGAUGUCGCGAGCACGCCGACGCCGGUGGUGGAGGUUUUGGCUACGACAGUUGAUGAGACGGAGGCGGAGGAGACGGGCGCGGCGGUCGAGACGUCGAGUGCGGCGGGUUCGGAUUCAGUUUCGAGCGAAGAGUCUGCUGCAUUGUCGUCGUCGCCAACGUUGUCCUCCUCUUCUCUCGACAGGAGUAGCAGCGAGCCUACAAUCGCGGCCUCCUCGUCGAGCAACGGGCGCCCAAGCCUAACCUCUUCGACUCCAGCAUCUUCACGAGUCGCUUUCACACAGACUCAAGCAAGUGCCGGUGGGAACCAAGCAGAAAGCACAUCGUCGCCCGCAGCGAGUUCGUCGGCGCCCGCAUCUGAGGGAUCUGCUUCAAAAUCAAUGGAGCACAGACGAAUUUCGGUAUUGGGCCUGUGUCUGGGUAUAUUUGCGUUGUGCCUUGCAGUUUGA